AUGAAGCUCAGCCUUUCACUCCUUACUAUCGCCGGCCUGGCGUCGGCCCAAUUGGCCGCUGCUCUUCCUCAAGCAUCUUCUUCAAGCGCCACACCCAGUCCGACUUCAUCCGCUGCACCUGGUUCCUUCGUCAGCACCUCCGGUGUGAAUUUCGUGAUUGACGGUAAGACGGGAUACUUUGCCGGUUCCAACUCAUACUGGAUCGGAUUCCAGAAGAACAACGACGACGUGGACCUGGUGUUCAGUCAUCUGCAGGAGUCCGGUCUCAAGAUCCUCCGUGUCUGGGGAUUCAACGAUGUCAAUCAGAAGCCCACCGAUGGCUCCGUCUACUACCAUCUGCUGGCGGACGGUAAGGCCACCAUUAAUGAGGGCGAAGAUGGUCUCCAGCGAUUGGACUAUGUUGUCUCCUCAGCUGAGAAGCAUGGCAUCAAGCUGAUCAUCAACUUUGUCAACUUCUGGGAUGACUACGGUGGUAUGAAUGCCUACGUCAAGGCUUUUGGUGGAUCAAAAGCGGACUUCUAUACGAACGACAAAAUGCAGGAGGCCUAUCGCGCAUACGUCAAAGCUGUUGUUUCGCGGUACAGCAAAUCUGACGCUAUCUUUGCCUGGGAACUGGCCAAUGAGCCUCGCUGCCAAGGUUGUGAAACAUCUGUGCUUUAUAACUGGAUCGAGAGUACAAGCAAGUACAUCAAAUCGUUGGACUCGGGGCAUCUGGUUUGCAUUGGUGACGAGGGGUUUGGUCUCGAAACCGGCUCGGACGGCAGCUACCCAUACCAAUACUCUGAGGGUAGUGACUUCGCCAAGAACCUGGCGAUUCCCACGGUAGACUUCGGAACUUUCCACCUCUAUCCCAGCAGCUGGGGCACAAACAAUGCCUGGGGCAACGGUUGGGUCAUCUCUCACGGUGCCGCUUGCAAGGCUGCUGGCAAGCCAUGCCUGUUUGAGGAGUACGGAGUAACAUCAGACCACUGCGCAGUUGAGAAGAUCUGGCAGAACACCGCAUUGAACGCCACUGGCCUGUCAGGAGAUCUGUAUUGGCAGUAUGGCGAUCAGCUCAGCACGGGACAGUCACCAAAUGAUGGCAACACCAUCUACUAUGGCACAGAUGACUUCAAAUGUCUUGUGACUGACCAUGUUGCGGCUAUUGGUAAGCGUUAA